AUAUCAAGGUCAAAAAUUGUGAUAAUAUGUCAAAUUAUAAAUGCAAUGUAAAAUUUUAAAGUUUUACUUAAAUUAAAAACUAAAUGACGGAAAAUUAAUGACAAUGGCAGCAACUUCUCUAAGUUGUGCAAAAUAAAGAGAAAACGCAGUUCUUUUUUAAAUACAAUUUAAAACUCUUAAAUUUUAAAAAAGGUUGUCAAUUUUCCUAUACUGUGUUUGUAUAGCUGUUCAAACACAAAUAUUUUGAACUACAAAAUUGAUUGGAAAAUUGAUCAAAAAACGCUGGAUGCGCUACAUCAUCCUCUACACCUUUACUACUCGUAUACAUAACUUUCAUUGCACGCGUGGCGUUUGCAGGUUGAAAAAUAAAGAAUGAAUAAGCGCAAAUCUGUUGCUUUUUGUGGUGUGCCGGGCUGUACUAAUAUUAAAACUGAAACCGUUUCAUUACACACUAUACCUCAAUCUGUUAAAAAAUCAAAAACGGCUCUUCACAAAUGGUGGAUCGCUUUAAGAAUGUGGAAACCUUUUCCAAAAAACUUUCGAAUAUGCUCUGCACAUUUCGAUAAGAGAUUUAUAUUAAUUCCGACAAAAGGCGGUAAGGUGCAAUUGAGUACAAGUGCUUUUCCUACUUUGAAUUUACCAUCAUCUUCAAAGCUGAUUAGAAAAUCAAAUUUAAAACAAUCAACUCAGUCACAGAAAUUGAAAAUGAAAGAAAUUUUAAGAAAUGCAGACCCAGAACUCAGAAAGGAUAUGCAAGAUAUCAAUUCAGUAACUCCAAGUUUUUGCUUUGUUGAUGUCGGAGAUACAAUAAAAAAAUCAUUUAACACAAUUCCACAAAAAACAUUAAAAGUUACCGAUAUUUCCUCUUUAUGGGAUACAGACGAAAAGUUAAAUGCAAUGACUGGUUUACCUAAUUUUAUACUUUUAGAUGCACUAGUAAAAGCUUGUUCUAUGAGAAGUAGUUCUGAACAAUCUUAUAUGGAUAUGAAGUUCAAAAUAUUGCUCACAAUGCUCAAAUUAAGAUCGAAUUUAACAUUUCUUCAAAUAGGUAUUAAUUUUAAUAUAACAGCUAGAAAGGCGAAGUUAUAUUUUAGUGAGUGCAUUCAAUUACUUAGUGAAGUAUUAAAGAGCACGAUUUAUUGGCCUACAAAAGAGCAAUAUGCAAAAAAUUUACCAACUUGUUUUAAAAGUUUUCCAAAUACUGUUGCAAUUCUUGAUUGCAUAGAAGUAAAAACAGCUGUGUUUAGAUGUAGAAACUGUAGAAAAAUCACUAAUUUAUAUUGUAAAAGUGGACAUACACUGAAAGCAAUGAUCAGUGUUACACCAUCGGGAUUGAUAAAUUUUUUAAGUCCCGCUACCGCUGGAAAAACAGAGAAAGCAAUUUUUGCUUCAACAAUUUUGUUAGAAAACUUAAAAGCUGGAGAUUCGGUUAUGGUCGAUACCAGAUUUAUGAUUGAAGAAGAGCUGUCGAAGAAAAAAAUCGAGAUAAUUAGGCCAACUUAUCACUUUACCGCGCAACCAAAAGCAGAAAUAGAGCGAAUUACAAAAAUUUCUCAAGCAAGGCUUUUUGUAAAAAGGAGAAUCAUAAAACUGAAGCAGUUUAAAAUAUUAUCCGAAAGAUUGCCAGUUUGUCUUUUACCUUAUGUGGAUAAUAUCUUGACUACUAUCUGUGGCUUUUCAAAUUUAAGUGGUCCUAUUUCAAAACGACGUGAUUUAUAAUUUAAAAAUAUUAAAAUGUAAAGUUCAUAUGUAUAAAUACACUGACCUUGUUAAUUGU